GAGCGCUGCUGUGAUUGGAGGAGAGUCGAGGAUUCUUUUAGACAGGGGCAGAAACCGGCUCGUAGGGGUUUCAGGAGGAGAACGCGAUUAGAGGGUCGAGCACGUAUGAGAUCGGAUGGUGUCCACUGAUCAUGUCCACAGACCAGGAGCCCCCUCUUAGUGCAAAGCUUUUUCACCUCAUCAUCCUCUCCACCUUUUGGGGCAUGCAGAUAUGGGUCACCUUCAUCUCUGGAUUUGUCAUGGACAGCUAUCUAAACAGACACACCUACGGCUUCAUUCAGAGUCGACUCUUUCCUUUCUAUCUGCACAUCGGCUCGGCCUGUGCUUUCUUCAACCUCGCUAUUUUUGCCAUGUACCAUCCCAGUGACCUGCUGAAUGAGAGGGAGGCCUUUCAGAUCUUUGUUUUCUUUGUGUGUGUGACUGUGGCAGCCUUGAAUGCCCAGUGGUUUGGCCAGUUAACCUCCGAGAUCAUGGCGGACAUGCACAUGAUUGAGCAGGCAUGUGGGCUGGGCCAGGACAUUGGACUUUCAUCCAACCGUGAAGCCUACUCCAAACUGUGCGACCAAGACCCCAAGUACAAGCGGCUGAGCAAGCGUCUAUGGUUUUACCACCUCCUGUCAUCCCUCUGUAACCUCUGCUGUAUUGUGUGCAAUGGCUACAGCCUUUAUUACUUGGCAGAGAACCUUACUACACUUUGAGUUUCAGUCAGAUCUUUUUUGGGAGUUCCAUACCCCAUAAUGCAGUGUGUACCACAUUCACACACUUUAAUGUACAUACGCCGUCUAAAAACUGAUAAUGUGGUCUUCAGAAUUUUUUUGACUUUCUUGAUCUUUCUGUAAUAUUUGUUGUGGUAUCAUCGGAUCUAAUGUAACGCAAGUUAUUCGAGCACUUGCACAUAUUUUAUACAGAAGAUAUAUGGUGACAGUUUGGAAGUAGAGGUAACCAAUAUGGCACAGUUCAUUAACUCACGAUUAAUGCUGGAUAUCAGAAUAUUUGGGUUUAGAGAUCAACAAAAAAUGUACUGUUACCACAGAGCUGUAUCUAUGAUUUAAUAAUUAUCAUCCACAAAAAUACAUAUUUAACAUCGGAACAUAAAUGAAUCAAAAUAGCAUUAAUGGAGCAUUUUUUUAAAUAUCGAAUCAGCUACUUGGUAUUGCAAUUAUUAAGUGAUCUACAAAUCACUAGCCUGGUGCCUUGGGAAAAGAAUAUAUUAUGUACAGUUUUUUUGUUUGUUUGUUUUUUUUAAACAAAAUCUCUGCAGAAAUGGCAGGUAACCAUUAUAUAGGACUGAUCAAGCACACUUGAACUUCCACUUGUCUGAAUGUACUGAUAAUGCUGACAGUUUCUUCAGAAAAUUACAUUGUGCUGUAAUUUAUAGAGAUAUAUUGCAUUGUUCUGUCACCAGUUCCUAUUUAGAAGGCAUACCCUGCAAAAACGACAUCUUGGCAAGUACCGUAAAUAUAGUCCAACUGAUUUAACAUUUCCUAUCAGAAUAUUACAAGAAACCAAAUAUAAGAACUAAUUAAAACUAUGUCUCGACAUGUUUAAUGAUUUGAAGCUCGAAACAGUCUCGUUCUAUUAGCAGAUAAUUUUGCUCAUUUUUAAGCAUUUAUUUCUAGAAAGAAGCAAAAUUAUCUUCCAAUAGAAUAGUACGUUUAAAGCUUAAAACCAGUAAAAUAUGUCUAGAAAUAGGUUUAAUAGUAUUGUAUUUGGUUUACUGUAAUCAUAUUAUCGGAAAUGGUAGAUCAUACUGUAAAUGUGACUAUAUUCAAGAUAUUUUCACUUGCUAAGAUGUCAUUUUUUUGCAGGGUAUUUAGGAAUUUCAGGAUCAUAUUGACACGUCGUCAUUCAUUUUGCUGAUAAUUGGAGUCCACUGUAGUCAAAUGAAAAAGGAGAAUCCAUGGCACUACAGUCUCCUAUGGGCUGAUCUAGCAAUAAUUUCUCAUUAUCUUGCCACUGUGUUUGUAUAGUCUACCGGUGGCAGCAAUUGUCGUUGCUAGUUUUAUGUGAUCUUAUACAUUUGCGUGAUACACUGUGCUAUUUGCACUAAAGCUGGGAUUCCACAGUCACAGGCAGUAUUAACUUGCCCGUAGCAUACUCCUGAAUGUAUGAGUUCUGUUCUCACAUUGCCUUUCCUUGCUUUCUCUUUCGCAAUCUAGUCCUGCAAGUUUAUCUCAUCUCAUUAUCUCUAGCCGCUUUAUCCUUUUACAGGGUCACAGGCAAGCUGGAGCCUAUCCCAGCUGACUACGGGCAAAAGGCGGGGUACACCCUGGACAAGUCGCCAGGUCAUCACAGGGCUGACACAUAGACACAGACAACCAUUCACACUCACAUUCACACC